AAAUAAACAGUGUGUGUGUGUGUGUGUGUGUGUGUGUGUGUGUGUGUGUGUGUGUGUGUGUGUGUGUGUGUGUGUGUGUGUGUGUGUGUGUGUGUGUGUGUGUGUGUGUGUGUGUGUGUGUGUGUGUGUGUGUGUGAGAGAGAGAGAGAGAGAGAGAGAGAGAGAGAGAGAGAGAGAGAGAGAGAGAGAGAGAGAGAGGACCAACAGAUUAAGUUCUAUAUAUUGCUGCGCAACAAUGGAUUGAAAAGCACAUCAACCUUAAUUCUUUGAAAGCCUAAGUCUUGUUUCUUACUUUCCAUCGAUCAUCAAAAUAAUGUCUGUCCCAAAGAUGUUUGAACAUCUCAGAAUACCACUAGAAGCUAUAAGAUCAGCUACCAACGACUUUGCUAAAGACAAUUGCAUCGGAGAAGGAGGCCUUGGAAAAGUUUAUAAGGGAGAACUUCUCCUUUUCAAGGGGCGUACCAAAGUUGCUUUAAAACGUUUAGAUCGUAUAGCUUUACAACGAAACCGCGAGUUUUGGAUGGAGAUCAUGAUGCUUUCACAAUACAGACAUGAAAAUAUUGUCUCCUUCUUGGGGUUUUGUGACGAGAAAGACGAGAAGAUCUUAGUAUAUGAGUAUGCUUCUAACAACAGUCUCGACUUGCAUCUCGAUAGCAAAGAUCUAACCUGGGUUCAACGCCUUUCAAUAUGCAUCGGGGCGGCUCGCGGAUUGGAGUACCUUCAUGACCCUGCUGGGUCUCAACAAAGAAAAUUACACAGGGAUGUGAAAAGUGCCAACAUCCUUUUAGAUGAAAAUUGGAAUGCAAGUAUUGCAGAUCUGGGUCUAUCAACAUUUCAUCAGGCUAAUACAAACGAAAGCGUUCUUUCUACUAAUCCUGUAGGCACGAUGGGAUAUUGUGAUCCAAGUUAUAUGGAGACAGGGAUGCUAACAAAGGAGUCAGACGUUUACUCCUUGGGUGUGGUAUUGUUUGAAGUUUUGUGUGGGAGGUUGUGUAUCCAGAAUAAUAAUAGACGUGGAGAAUCAUUUAUCCACCUGGUAAAAAAACACUACACACAGAACAAGCUAAAUAAAAUUAUUUGGGUUAAUAUAAAGGAUGAAAUAAACCCAGAUUCUUUGAGGGCUUUUGCAACAAUUGCUUAUCAAUGUUUGAAUAGCGACUAUGAAAAGCGUCCAUCAAUGAACGAUGUCGUGAAAAAUCUUGAAGAUGCACGGACAUAUCAAGGAACCAGUGAAUCAAGAGAAAUCAUAUCCAGUGACGGUUGCAGUUUAUUUUUGUAUGAAUUGAACAAAUAAAUUUUUGGGGGAAUGUAAUGUUUAAACAAUGUAUGAUAUGUAAACACUACUGGUUGUACUAUGUUGAUGAAUGGUGACGAAUGUUGUUAUGUUUCAUAUAUAUUCAAUGUUAUGGUAUUCAAUUGAGUCACGACAGCCCCCGGACGUUUCCGCCGUCUGGUUCGGGGGUGUGAUAGGUUGGUAUCAGAGCUUUGUUUAUAGUGAACUAGCAUGUCGAGCCAUACAUUGAUAUGCAACUAUAAACCAAAAAGAGGGACUAACAUAACUCUGAACAGAACAAGUACAUAAAACACACUUGCUUGCAUUAGGAAUAAGGAUCUAACGCUGAAUCAAACACAAUAACACUGGUAUCUCGGUUAAUUCGGGACUGUUCUUAGUGAUACCAAGGAGUGAAUGUAGCCUGAUCAACUACAUUCUCUCCAAGGUAAAAUUAACACACGUCUUGAUGAGAUCGGGAUAGCCAGGGAACCUAACACUAUACCUUUUAUCACCCAAAAAGAGAAUGUUUGCUUAGUAUGUAUGAUAGACAUAGCAUCCUAGGAUAAUGUAGCAUAUUUACGUACUCGCGCAGACAA